AUGGGAGCAUUGCCGGUGUCUAAAUCAAUCGUCGCGGGUUUCGGUUGGCAGCAGCCCUCGCGUUCUCUCUCGGACGGAGUCCAUCUCCACGACAUCCCGGCUCCCCCCGCUCCAGCGGUCUACCAGCACGCCGGUAGUCCAGCCAAAGCGUAUCGCACCUUGUGGUCGCUUUUUGGUUCCACACACACUGUCAAACAUUCCGUCCUUGUCACUAUCAUCCUCCUCUUCUUUUUUACUCGUCAGGAAAAGCAUACAACGACACAAAUACGUUGCACCUACACAGUUCGACACGAACCAAGAGCUCCGUCAAUUCACGCAAUGGACGCCAUGAGUGUAUCCGCCGUGGCGUCUCUCGAAACCGUAGCGACGGUAGCAGCAGCCGCCGCGCAGUCUCAUCGCACCGCCAUUUCGACGCCGGCGUCUUUCGUGACCUCUGCUUCCGAGCCCAUUCCCGGAACGAUUCUGCGCACGCGGAGCCUCGACGAAGCGGCGCCGCGUUCCUCACUGUCAACGAUCCGUGCCGCAGACUUGGCAAAGACAAACACAAAUACAAAAACACACACGCACCAAACAGACGUUCCGCCAGGCAAUACCGCGAGUGCUCUUUCCCACCAUCCGGCGACUCUGUCACCAAAUCCUGCGUUCGCGAGAAGAACCCGGUCUCUGAGCGUCACGGACGAUUCGGAACCAUCCUUCGAGGACGAGCAUCGAACAACAUCCCACCUUGCUUGGGAAAUGUCCGAUCUCCCCCCACCCUGCACGACUCAACACCUUUACGCCCCCCGCAUGCGCGGCUCCGGUAUCACGUCCAAAAAGAUGGCGAUCGGAAAGCUCACUCCCGCUUCGGCGAGGCGGCAUCGCAAGUCUCCCAUGCGUAGAGUGCCCCCCUUGACACCGCAUCGGGCGUCCACCGCGUCGGGGGUUCUCACGGCACCGUGCUCAUCGGGGGAUUGCAUGGAAGAAGACGACUGCGACGAUGACAACAAUAACAACAGCAACACUAGCAUCUAUCGACGCCCUCUACAGAACAUUGGGACGGUCAAAAAGAUGCCGAAACUCUCCCUAGGAACGGUCGCUACUUCCGCUAGUAGUACCGCUUUUUUGGAGACGACACACGACACCGCCGAUAGUGACGAAACCAACGAAACCUCUACUCCUUUCAGGUUUACAUCCUUCCCGGCCUCGUUGCCUCGAAUUCCUUACCAUCCGUCCACUUUAGAUACACACGAUGCCCUUCUUUGUCCCGCAACAACCGUCAAGAAACGCAUGACCUUUGACGAAGACGACAAGACGAACAAUACCAGCGUGAGCUCGAUACACGAUGAUGAAGACUUUGAAACCUUCUCCGCGGCCGCCGCGUCCCCAACGGGUACACCCGUCGCGCGGACUCGACUCAACUUUGCCUCCGUACUGAGCCCGUUCGACGCAUCGACACGUGCCGCAUCCAUUCCUCUCCAAGAGUCAGAUAGAACGCGCUCGCUGGACUCUGGCGACCGAUUGCCCCCCUCUCGACAUUCAAACUUUUUGAGCUUUGCCGACCACGAUCAUAUCAAGCCAAAAACACCGCGCGAGGUACAGUUGCUCUUUCACUUGGAUGCGGCACCUUGCUCUCCGAUUCCCGGAAUUCCCGAAGAAGAGGGCGAUCUGAGCAGUUCCGACCGCAGCGACGGCAACGACAACCGAGAAGUCUUGACGAGUACGAGUCGGCUAUCGCAGAGUUCCACAGCCACCACCGAAAGUGGUAGUCGACAACGCAGACCUAUGCCCGAUAUGUCGGCGUUCGAUAGCGAAGCACUGUUCUCGCGCGAUCGCUCCAGUCUUGGAGUGGCAGCAUCUUCAUCAACGCCACCGGCUUCACCCAAGCUAUUGUGUCCACCUACCCCCGUAAGGACUCCAGCUUGGGCGCACGCCGACACCGCACAUGCAUCACUCGGAGGUGGCUUCGCCGCCGGAGGCCAGUCCAAGUUAAGUCGAUGCAACUCGCUGACUGUUACGAAGGUCCUGGCAACGUGUCCUCUGCAAGUGUUGGAAGGCCGCUCAUCGCUAGAGAAUUCUUUGCUCGAGGAGGAAGGUGGUCGCAACGAAUCCAACAUGAGUUCAGCCUUUGGGUCUCUGCAUCACUUGGACGGCUCCGACCACGACACAACGAUCGACGCAGAUAUGGAAGACGCCGGAUCGGCCGCAUCAGGCGAGCCGUCGCCAUUUAAGCAAAGGCAAUCCCUCGGAGAAGUCGGGGCAGUCGUGUCCAUGACAAGCAGCUUUGAAGUUUUGUCUACUUUGGGCAGUGGAACAUUUGCGGACGUUUACAAGGUACGUUCCAAAACAGACGGAAGCCUGUACGCCAUAAAACGAAAUCGGCGCCAGUUCCGAGGAAAACGCGAUCGCGAUCAAGCCCUUGCCGAGGUUCGCUAUAUGCAACGAUUGCAGAGCAUAGUCGCUACUGCUCCGAGUGUGUCAACCCAAAAUUCGAGCUAUUGUCUGCACGUGCUUUUCUUCUACCAAGCAUGGCAAGAGGAUGGUCAUUUCUUUUGUCAGACCGAACUAUGUUGCCGUGAUACCUGUCGAGAUUUGAUUGAUUCCGUCAAGACGAAGUGGAACGAGGCCAAGCUUCGGUAUCCCAGUGUUGCCAAGCUAGAGCAUUCAGGUCGCUUAGUACCGGAGUCCAGUGUAUGGAAAGUAUGUCACGACGCCUGCGCCGGACUGUCUCAUAUUCACAGUCACGGAUUGGUCCAUCUAGAUAUCAAACCGUCCAACAUCUUCUUCGUCGAGCAUCCGCGAUACGGGCCAAUGUGUAAGAUUGGGGAUUUCGGCAUGACAUGCGAAAUCGGAUCUUCGGAAGACGGCCAAGAAGGCGAUCAACUCUACAUGUCACUAGAAUCACUGACAAACAGCGCCAGGCAUCCCAGUGCGGACAUUUUUAGUCUGGGACUGACUCUUUAUGAGCUUGCAUCACACUCAACUUUUGAGGUUCCGGUAGAGGGUGCACGGUGGCACGAACUCCGCAGCGGUCGUCAGGUGCCAAAUCUUCCAGAAAGUCGAAGCGCAGAUCUUGUUAAGCUGAUUGGGUUAAUGCUCAGUGCAGAUGUCGCUCGGCGUCCGACCGCGGACUUGGUUUUAGGAAAUGAUCAAGUACUACUGUUUGGAAAUAAUCGCGAAUCAUUUCUUAUUGAAUACCUGCGAGACGCAUCAGCUGCCGAGCGAGCCGAAGUGCGAGGCAGCUUUAUAGAUCGUGAGGAUCAAACUCCUCGGAUCGCCUCGCGGAGUCGAGUCUGUAGUCCUCCGGUCGGUAUGAUGCCGCCUAUGGCUCCCAUGUUGUACUCUCCGUAG